AUGCCAGCUGUUGGUGACUUAUGUAAACGAUGCAAGAAGCAGAAAACUACUAUACUAUCACGAAAGGAUACUUUUUGUGAUCCAUGCUUUGUUCGAUUUAUUAGGGGCAAACAGAGAAAACAAAUGCAGUCUGAAAAAUUCAAGGUCAAAUUCAAAAAAACGGACAAUGGAACUAGAAUUUUGAUGGACAUGAGGAACAAUCAUGAAUCAUAUGCUAUGUUUGAUAUUGUCUUUUCAAUGUUAGUUGAGCAGCUUACUCAAGGACCAAAGGCCGUCAGAGGUUUUGACCUAGUAGUGUGUGUUAUUAAAGAUUCACAAGAUCAAGUCAAUAUUGAAGGGAUAAAGGAAAUGUACGGUGAAUCUGAGUUAGAAAGACUAGGCAUUCAAUUUUUGGUGAUUGAUCCAGAAGCAUACAUAAAAAUGCAUCAUUAUGAGCAUUUAAGACUAGAUUUAAAAAAGUUUGAAACCAUCAAAUUCUCUGAUUCGAGUUCAGGAUUCUCCUACGAAAAUGUCAUAGCCCAGGUAUCUGAUAAAUCAACUAGAGAAGAUAUUGUUGAGAUUUUACAUGAAGACAUGCUUGUUCAAGCAUCUGUGGAUAACAAAUGUACGAUGAUUGCCAAACCAUUUUCAAUGACUAAACUUGCUGUUGAUAUUUUAUCAGAUACCAUCCGUGGGCGUGGUUCGGAAAUACCGAGGUUUUCCAGAAAUGAAUAUGUAGGCUCAUUUGAAAUGAUUUACCCAUUGCGUGAUAUUCUCAGCUCUGAAAUAAAAAUAUAUUCAAGUAUACAAAACUUAAAUUCGUUGUCUUUAGAACUGACCAAGACACAAAACAUCUCGAAUAUUUCAACGAAGAACAAAACCGUCAAAGAUAUGGUACUUGAAUAUUUCCAAACUCUUGAGGUAGAGUAUCCUGAAGUUGUUUCGACUGUGGUCAAAAUAGGAGGAAAGCUAACAAAUCCUGAACCUUUGGGUCAAAACAAGAAAUGUGAGAUUUGUAAAGUUACGAUUUUUCAUGAUCCAAAAACAUGGCUAGAACAAAUUACUGUUCCCGGAUUUGUAGGUCCCCGGAAUGAAGAAGAAGAGGCUAAUUUCAGAAGAUACCUUGACUCUAUCACAGAAGAAAAUGUUGAGGAAGAUAAAAAUGUAGGAUUUGAUGAAAAGGUCAAUCUUUGCUAUGGAUGUAUGGUCACGUUAGGUGUUUCUGAAGUUAAAGAUUUCCAGUGGCCGCAAAGACCUACAAAAGAAGAGGUAUUAGCUGAAUAUAUCAUUAGCGAUGGCGAAGAUUAA